GGCCCAGUCAGCAAUCGGCAAGACGGCAGCUACGCGCACGACGUCGUCGUCUCGCCCGACGGUGCCUACGUCUUUGUCUGUGAUCUCGGCGCCGACGUCAUCCGCGUCAUCCGUCCCGCUUCCUCCGCCUGCAAGGAUGCCGCACACGUCGCCGACAUUCCACUCCGCGCCGGCUCGGGCCCGCGGCACCUCAAGUUCUUCGUCGACGCCGCCAAGGGCAAGACGUUUGCCUACCUCUCCAGCGAGUUUGCCAACACCAUCACGUCCUUUCUCUAUGCUCCCACGGCCUCGUCCGACGAGGUGCUGCAGCAGAUCGGCGAGCCGAGCUUCUCCUCGCCGCCGGCGCUGCCGCUGGGCGGCAACAAGGCCGACGGCCCGAAGCGCACCCUCGCAGAGGUGCAAGUCGCGCCGAACGGACGCUUUGUGUUUGCGUCGAACCGCGGCGACUCGCAAGAGGACAGCAUCUCGGUGCUGACGCGCGGCGACAAUGGCCGUGCAAGCUGGACAUACUGGUACCGCAGCGGCGGCCUGAAUCCUCGGCACUUCGAUGUCUCGCCGGACGGCCAGUACCUCUCGGUCGCGAACCAGGACUCGGGCAACGUCGUCGUUCUGCGCGUCAGCGACAAGGAUGGCAGCCUGGACAAGGUGGCCACGCUCGGUGGACUGCCAAAGGUGGCGUUUGCCGGCUUCGCUCCGGCGGACAAGUGA